UGUUCGGAAAAUGGCGGAAAACAUCUUAGAGCCUUUUGUAACCACUAAGAGAAAAUUCGCAAGUAUUUAGAAUAACGGGCGAACCUCUAGUAGGGUUCAAGAAUGCCUAAACCUGAAAGUAAUAAGAAACGGAAGAGAAAAAACAAGAAAGAUGAAGAUCUCACCAGGAAAAGGGGAAAAUCGAAAGCAAACGAUGAACAGACUAAUCUCAGCUGCAGACCACAGGCAGACAGCAGCAGUGUCGCUAAUCUGUCUCAUGAAGAACAGCAACAGAUUGAUGAUAUAGAUGAACAGUUGGAGGAAAAUGCAGCAAGGAACAAUUUAACAACGAUCAACGUGAAGAGUAUUUUGCACCAUGUUGUAUCAGAUAAGAGAGUGCUUGCCAUGGUGAAAAGUGUGGCCGGUGAAUGUGAGAAAGAGGAAAGUGAAGUUACCCCUGGCAGCAGUCCUGGAAACACUGAUAUAGAACUGGAUUUUGAACCAAAAAUGACCAGGUCAAAGAGAAAACAAACAAACCAAGGUGAUCCAAUUGCUGUUUUGGCAUCCCAGUCACCAAUGAAAGAGUUAAGACCACAGCAGAUUUCCAGGAAAAAGGAGAUUCAUUUCACAGAGUUGGAACUUCCAGAUUCAUCAUCAGAUGAGGAAUACAAUCCGGAUGAGGAAGAGGAUGGAAGUGAUGAAGACACAAAAAGUUGUGCAUCUUUUACAAGCGACCUUGCUUCACCUCAGUUACCUAGUACACCAGAAACGCAAAAAACAAAUGAUGCAAAGGAUAAUAACAAAGAAUCAGGGAAAACAGUGACACGAUCAUUAAGAAAAAAGCUUUCAGAGGAAUCAUUCAAAGUUCCUUAUCCAGUGGCAGCAACUAACUCAGCCCCAGCUGAUGAAGAGAUUGUUGUUUUAGAAGAAGGUGACUUGAUAGCCAAAAGAACUCGUUCCCAGCUGCCACUUGAGGACAUACCCCUUGAAAAAAUUGAAGCCACAUUCCAGCCACCAGACUUUACUGCUGAUAUGUAUGAUACAAUCCAGGAAGACGAUUUAGACUUUGAAGAUAUAGAAUGGCAGAAAUGGCUUCAAGGACUAAUAAACUCAGAUGAAGUCUGGGGUGAAGAGGAUCAUGAAGAUUCUGAGUACAACUUUAUGGCUGAAGAUCAAAAGGAAGAAAAAGAGGAAUAUAGAAAUGACAGGGCUGUCAGAAUUCCACUAUGACAACUUUGAAGAUGCACUCUGUUUAGAUGAGGAGGGUGAAGAUAUCAGUUAUCUAGAACUGCUUAACAUCAGAAUUGUUAACAGCGCCUAUGUUCCGAAGCGAAGAAAUCCAAGUCCUCGAAAAUGUAACGUACCCAAAAAAGAUGGCGAGGGCAUUGCUAAGACGGUCAGGCGCUCGAAACCUCUCACGGACGAUCUUCUCCCACCGCCAUCAGAAACCAACAUCCAGAUGAUGGCCACUUAUAAUAGUGUGUUCCAUUUUGUUGAGCUUCUUCCCCAUCAUAACCUGUUACCAAGAACGGGUGACACGCCCAAGCAGCUCAAUGGACUCAGGGUGAAAUUCUCAGACGCCGAAGACAACCUUUUGGCUUUGGGUAUGAAGCAACACGGUAAAAAGUGGGAGCUUAUCCAAGAACACCUGUUGCCCAUCAAGAGUCCAAAACAACUGCAGAUUCGCUGCAAAAAUCUGCUGUCGGCCCGCGCGCCAGAGAACAUUGUCAAGUACUACCGUAGGAACAAAGUGCUGUGGGAAUUUCCCACUAAAAUCAGAGUGUCUCCAGAACCAAGCAGCCGUCGACCGCGUGGGAGGGAGUCAGUGGAGCCUGAAUGGCUGAUUAAUUAUAAAAAGAAGCAGAAGGAGCGACGGGAAAAUCAAGAGAGGAUGGAAGCCCUGGCCAUUCAACAGAGUCUGGAAGGUGCAGCCUAUGGUCGACCAAUCGCACCCAAACUCACCGGGGGAACGUGUGCUCUGGCGUUACCGACUGUCUCGUCUGCUGGAGAACAGAGGAAGGUGACUUGGGUGGCCAUACCUAAGAGUAUCAGCCCAUGGAAUGUAGUGACACCAAUGAAACCACUUGAAGAUGUGUCUAAGGGUGGAAUUGUUUUGCCUGAAACCAACGUGACAAGUGCUCGUACAUCUCCAGACGUUAGUAUCUGCCAUGAGAGUGUUUGUAAAACAAGUGAAAAUCACGCGCCGUCCCCAGCCGUAACAGAAGAAGCAGAAGUCAUUGAUGAUAUCAUGAAAACCACUUCACCAAUGAACGAGGAAACUAUUGAACAUGCACAAGGACAAGAAACAAGUGUUCCUUAUGCAGAGAGUGAUCCUAAGUCUGUUAGUACCACUACAAAUGUCACAGAGACUAAAGAAAGUAACAAAGAGAAUGACCUGAAAGACUCAACGGAGAAGGCAAUUACGGAGACUUCAACCAACAAGCCUGCUACAGCAUCCAAGAACAAGACAUCACGUGACAAAAACGGAGGUGGCAUGGCAGGUAGUCGCGUGACGUCAAAGUCACAAAUCUCUGAUAGCGGAGGAAAUUCAGUUGGAACGUCGCGUAAACCAACAUCAAAUUCACAGGCGAGCUUGGCAGGAAAUUAUAUUCUGGAACCUGAUCCAAAGGUCAUAAAUCGAGCGCAUGCAUUUGCAGAAAGUUUUUUAGCCAAAGUCAAGAAACAGCUCGCGGAUGAUUCGAAAACUUAUGAGGAAUUCCUUAGGACACUUGCGACGUCUUCUGCUGAGCAAUGCUCACCAGUCGAGCUGUAUAGGAGGAUUGGUGUAGUCCUGGCUCAGUAUCCGAGUCUUGUGGGGGAUUUUGUAGGAUUUUUGGAACCUCACCAAGCGGUGGAAGCAGGCGUGUUUAUGGCAAACUUGGAGUUUGUGAGGGCCAGGACAUUCCUAAGAAAGUUAGAGGUGCACUUCCAGCGGAGUCCUUCCCAGUUCAGGAAGAUUAUCAACGCUUUUGAUUCAUGGAAUAAGAGGUCGGCGAAAAAUCCUUUGGAGUUGCAACAAAUCAUUAUUCCGAUGUUAAAAGGACAGGUCCAUCUUAUUGAAGAAUUCUACUCCUUUUUCGACGACUUGAAACCGCCCGUGUGUUCCGACGACGAUUUUGAGGAAAUUGAAUUCGGAAGUGGAAGUGAACCAGAGGUGGAUGACUUUGAGGAAGUAGUUAUACCAUGCUUUGUGGAACCUAAGAAAAUCAAAGGCAGACCAGCCAAGGGAGACACCCAGCCAAAAAACUCGAACACAAGAAAGGCUAGAAAACCUUGUGCGACGACGAAAGGAACAAAACAGCAAGGAACUGUAAACAAACAGAUGGGGAACAAAAAUAAAGUCAGUCAAGCAAAAACGAGCAACACAGGAGGAAAGGAACUGUCAAAGGCGGAAGGAAAACAUGACAAUCUUACAGGGAAAAUACUAGGGGAUGAUGUUGCGAAAAACAUAAAGACUUCCUUUGAAGUGUCAGCAAAUAUAGACUCGGCUGAGGAUGGGAGUGGAGUGUAUGAACAGAGAGCGGAAGUGAACGCACUUGAAGCGCCCCUUUCUGUCACCACAUCGCUGCAAUCGGAGACUAGCAACGACAGCUAUCGCGGAGAGGAGGGAAGCUCUAAUCAUCCGGACUCUAUAAACCUCGAACAUGAAGUACAAGGUGAGCGGAGAACCUCAGAUAGUGAGGAACAAGAGGAUGAUGGGAAUUCCGACAUAGAGCAUGAUGGAUACGAAGAAGAUGACGAUGACGACUUUAUUUAUGGUGACGAAAUCGACGGCGACGUCAUCAAGAGUGACGUAGACGCCGAGGCAAGUGGAUGCGAUAGUGACGCUGCAAAUGUUGUGUCUGGUAGUGCUGUGGUGCCAGCUAAGAAUCUUCAACGCAGUCAAGACGGACAAGUGGUCCUGCUGUGGACAAGGGAGAACGACAGAUUGAUAUUACAGACGUGCCAAAAGAUGGGUGCUAAAUCUGAAACUUUCGAACAUAUUGCAAAGGAAUUAGAAAAGAAAUCUGCAGAUGAGGUGAAAAAGCGGUUUAUGGAUCUACUGAAUCUCUACAAGGCUAGCAGUGGAGAAGGAACCAGAGAAUCAACAAACGACGAUUCUUGUAGCGAGGAGGAAGAAGAUGAGGACAGCGAAACUGUCGGUGAAUCAGAGGGAGAACAGCCCCGCGACUAGUGGUGUCACGCUUGAAUUUAGUAACGCAAUUGAAAGAAGAAUUUCGUCACGCAAGACGAUUUUGUUGAGUUGGCAACCAUCUUAUAAUGUAAUGUGUCACGGAGAUUAAGCCAGUGACAAGAAUGUAAAAUACUAAAAUAAUUCUUAGUUUGGUUAAGCUAACAAAUAUUUCAAAGAAGUCGGACAGAAAAGGAAUACACGUGACGAAUAAGUUUACUGUACGGGUUUUAAUAAGUAUGUCCUUAUUAAUUGAAUGUGAGAAUGUAAAUGUAAUUUUUAUGAUUUGAAUCAGACUCCAAUGCAGAUAAUUUUGGAAAAUUUGAAAUUAAAAAACAAUACAGGAAUAGUUAUAGUUUAAUCCAAACAAAAAUAUAAUCACUGGUGAGAAGUGAAUUUCUAUGUCUGUUAACAGCAAAAAAAUUGUUCUCGAAGUUCCCACCAAAUUAAUAUCCAAAAAAAUGGCCGUGAAUAAAGUCAGUCAUGAUUUUAAAUGAGAGGAGUUUCCUUUGACCUCCGGAUGAAAAUCAAGUAAAGAAUGGCUCUUUACGCA